GACCUCAGCUCUGCCGCCCUCCCCCUCUCAUUGUUGUCCUCUGCUGUGGAAGGAGCACACAUUUCUCAGAUCAGCAUGAGCCUUGUUAACAAGCGCAGGGCCAGGGCGGCCAUUGCCAUCGCUAUGAUCUAUCACUGCAUGCAGAAGAAGAAGAAGAAGCGGAAGAAGAGAGCAUACUGGAGCAAAGAUUACCUGCAGGUCCGAGACUGCUCCACAAGCUCCACGCUAUACCCAGAGAUGAAAGAUAACAACCCCAAUGACUUCAGAGAGUUCUUACGGAUGUCGGACGCCACCUUUAACUACCUCCUGCGUGUUGUCACGCCGCUCAUCCAAAAACAAGACACCUGCAUGAGAAAGUCCAUCUCGGCCGAGCAGAGGCUAGUAGCCACGCUUCGAUUCCUGGCCACCGGCAGAUCCUUCGAGGACCUGAAAUUUUCGACUGCCAUCUCACCACAGGCUCUGGGUGUCAUCAUCCCAGAGACCUGCAAUGCCAUUGUCCAGAUGCUGAAAGGACGGUACUUACAGUUCCCUACAAAACCCGAACAAUGGAAAAAAGUUGCAAAACAGUUUGAAGACUUCUGGAACUUCCCGAACUGUGGAGGAGCUAUAGGUGGCAGACAUGUGCGAAUCAACCCUCCUCCACACAGCGGCUCCUUCUACUACAACUACAAGGGAUUCUUUAGUAUUGUACUUAUAGCCAUUGUCAAUGCUGAACAUGAGUUUAUUAUGAUUGACGUGGGCAAAAAUGGAAGGAUGUCUGAUGGGGGAGUCAUCGAGCAAACCCACUUCUACCAUAAACUAAAGGAGAACAUGUUGAAUCUACCCCCCACUAGCGAGACUAAAGAGAAUCUUAACUUUGUGUUUGUGACAGAUGAGUCCUUUGCGCUACAUGAACACCUACUGACACCUUUUCCACAAAAAGGGAUAACAGAGCAAAAGAAGAUAUUCAACUAUCGACUUUCUAGGGCCAACCGAGUGGUAGAAAAUGCCUUUGGUCUUUUAUUAAGCCGAUUCCGAAUCUUUCAAACAACAAUUAACUUGUCACCAUACAAGAUAGAGCUUGUUGUUAUGGCUUGUUGCUUGCUCCAUAAUUAUUUGAGACGGAAUGAUAGUACAGAAUAUGCACCUGCAAGCUUGUUGGACCGGGAGAACCCCGAUGAUGGGUCUGUCAUCCCAGGUGAAUGGAGGUCUGGACCUCCUGGACUCAUCCCAUUACAACCUAUUCAACCUCAGAAGCCAAAUGGUGAUGCUAAAAAAAAUAGGGAUCGUUAUAUGGAAUAUUUUAAUGGACCCGGCACUGUGGCUUGGCAGAAUGAGAUGGUCUAGCACAGAAUUUCUCGAGAGACAAAUUCUCCUGAGAAUAUGCUAUGGUUGAGCCUUCGUUACAGGGGGACAUUGCCAGUGACUGUAUUAUAAGUUAUUAUAGUGUUUAUCUUUUGAUAAAUAAACUUAAAAUGUAUCUGUUUAUAAUCUGAAUUUUAUAAUUUAUCCCUCCAUCGGCAGACAGGACUGGAUAUUUUGGUCUUUCU